AUGGAGAUUUUACAAAGUAACCCAUGCGUGAAAGAAAAAGAUGGGGUAUAUUCGAUAAAUGUCAAUGAACAGGAAAAGAAAGUAUACUGUGAUAUGACUGCAGAUGGAGGGGGCUGGACGGCUAUCCAAAAACGAGAGGAUGGUUCUACAGACUUUUAUAAAAUUUGGGCAGAUUACAAGAAAGGUUUUGGAGUUCCAUUCAAAAACUACUGGAUUGGAAACGAUGCUAUUCACUAUUUAACAAAGACAAAUCAGGAACUACGAGUGGAGCUGUUGAGUUUUAAUGACGAGAAAGUGUACGCCCUGUACUCCGCAUUUCAGGUUGGAGACGAGAGUAGAGACAGUUUGAAGAGGCACAAUAGAAUGAAGUUCACUACACUGGAUGAGGAUAAUGACUUUAACGGUGGUAACUGUGCGGUCAAUCGCCACGGAGCCUGGUGGUAUGCUAGCUGUUCAGACUCCAACUUGAACGGCCAAUACGUGGGCUCCGCUCUUUCUGGUCCCGAUUACCCAUUCUGGUUGCAUUGGAAAUCUGACACAGCGUUAAAAGGGACAGCAAUGCUGAUCAGACCCAAGCAUUAA